CAACAAUGGAAAGCAGAUUUCUUCAGUCAUGGUCUGCACACAGGGGUACGAGCAGAAAGAACGGAGGGAGGAAGAGCGAAGGGAGGAAGAACGGAGGGAGGAAGAGCGAAGGGAGGAAGAACGGAGGGAGGAAGAGCGGAGGGAGGAAGAACGGAGGGAGGAAGAACGGAGGGAGUAAGAACAGAGGGAGUAUGAAAAGAGGGAGGAAGAACACAGGGAGAAAGAGCGGAGGGAGGAAGAAGAACAGAGGGAGGAAGAACAGAGGGAGGGAGAACAGAGGGAGAAAGAGCGGAGGGAGGAAGAACAGAGGGAGGAAGAAUAGAGGGAGGAAGAACAGAGGGAGUAAGAACAGAGGGAGUAAGACCAGAGGGAGUAAGAACAGAAGGAUGAAGAACAGAGGGAGGAAGAACAGAGGGAGGAAGAACAGAGGGAGCAAGAACAGAGGGAGCAAGAACAGAGGGAGAAAAGAACAGAGGGAGACACAGGGAGUGAGAACAGGGGGAGUAAGAACAGAUGGAGGAAGAACAGAGGGAGGAAGAACAGAGGGAGGAAGAACAGAGGGAGUAAGAACAGAGGGAGCAACAACAGAGGGAGGAAGAACAGAGGGAGCAAGAACAGAGGGAGUAAGAACAGAGGGAGUAAGAACAGAGGGAGGAAGAACAGAGGGAGGAAGAACAGAGGAAGUAAGAACAGAGGGAGUGAGAACAGAGAGAGUAGGAACAAAGGGAGGAAGAAAAGAGGGAGGAAGCACAGAGGGAGAAAGAGCGGAGGGAGGAGGAACAGAGGGAGGAAGAACAGAGGGAGUAAGAACAGAGGGAGUAAGAACAGAGCGAGGAAGAACUGAAGGAGGAAGAACAGAGGGAGUAAGAACAGAGGGAGGAAGAAAAGAGGGAGGAAGAACAGAGGGAGAAAGAGCGGAGGGAGGAAGAAGAACAGAGGGAGGACGAACAGAGAAGAACAGAGGCAGGAAGAACAGAGGGAGUAAGAACAGAGGGAGGAAGAACAGAGGGAGUAAGAACAGAGGGAGGAAGAACAGAGGGAGUAAGAACAUAGGGAGGAAGAACAGAGGGAGGAAGAACAGAGGGAGUAAGAACAGAGGGAGUGAGAACAGAGAGAGUAGGAACAAAGGGAGGAAGAACAGAGGGAGGAAGCACAGAGGGAGAAAGAGCGGAGGGAGGAGGAACAGAGGGAGGAAGAACAGAGGGAGUAAGAACAGAGGGAGUAAGAACCGAGGGAGGAAGAACAGAAGGAGGAAGAACAGAGGGAGUAAGAACAGAGGGAGGAAGAAAAGAGGGAGGAAGAACAGAGGGAGAAAAAGCGGAGGGAGGAAGAAGAACAGAGGGAGGAAGAACAGAGCGAGGAAGCACAGAGGGAAAAAGAGCGGAGGGAGGAGGAACAGAGGGAGGAAGAACAGAGGGAGUAAGAACAGAGGGAGUAAGAACAGAGGGAGUAAGAACAGAGGGAGGAAGAACAGAAGGAGGAAGAACAGAGGGAGUAAGAACAGAGGGAGGAAGAAAAGAGGGAGAAAGAAUAGAGGGAGAAAGAGCGGAGGGAGGAAGAAGAACAGAGGGAGGAAGAACAGAGGGAGAAAGAGCGGAGGGAGUAAGAACAGAGGGAGUAAGAACAGAGGGAGGAAGAACAGAGGGAGGAAGAACAGAGGGGGAAAGAGCGGAGGGAUGAAGAACAGAGGGAGGAAGAACAGAGGGGGUAAGAACAGAGGGAGUAAGAACAUAGGGAGUAGGAACAGAGGGAGGAAGAACAGAGGGAGGAAGAACAGGAGGAAGCACAGAGGGAGAAAGUGCGGAGGGAGGAGGAACAGAGGGAGGAAGAACAGAGGGAGUAAGAACAGAGGGAGUAAGAACAGAGGGAGUAAGAACAGAGGGAGUACGAAAAGAGGGAGGAAGAACAGAGGGAGGAAGAACAGAGGGAGGAAGCACAGAGGGAGAAAGAGCGGAGGGAGGAGGAACAGAGGGAGGAAGAACAGAGGGAGUAAGAACAGAGGGAGUAAGAACAGAGGGAGUAAGAACAGAGGGAGUAAGAACAGAGGGAGUAAGAACAGAGGGAGUAAGAACAGAGGGAGUAAGAACAGAGGGAGGAAGAAAAGAGGGAGGAAGAACAGAGGGAGAAAGAGCGGAGGGAGGAAGAAAAACAGAGGGAGGAAGAACAGAGGAAGGGAGAAAGAGCGGAGGGAGUAAGAACAGAGGGAGUAAGAACGGA